AUGGCACCCACGAACCACGCCGCAUGGCUCCGCGAAGUCAAUUCGCCGCUCCAAGUUGGUCCCUCUGAGAUCGGCCACCCGGGCCCGGGCGAAGUGCUCGUCAAGAACCGCGCCGUCGCCAUGAAUCCUAUUGACUGGAUGAUACAGUACGGCGCCUAUCCAGCCGGCCCACUGCCCAAGAUCCUCGGCAAUGACGUCUCCGGCGACAUCGUCGAGGUUGGCGAAGGUGUCACGCAAUUCAAGAAGGGACAGAGGGUGCUCGCCCACGCUGUUGGUCUGGCUACCGGUGAGCCCCGGCAUGGCGGGUUUCAGGAGUACACAGUGGUUCCGACCGUGGGGUGCUGCGUGAUUCCAGAUGGAAUGCAAUAUGAAGAGGCCUGCGUUCUCCCGCUGGCCAUCUCCACUGCGGCUAUUGGCCUGUUCCAUGAGGGGAGGUUAGGUCUAAGGACUCCCCAGGACGCGACGGAGACGGACUACCCUGAGGGGGAGGCGAUCCUCAUCUGGGGAGGCAGUUCUAGCGUCGGUACCGCCGCCAUACAGCUGGCGGUGGCCGCCAAGUAUAAAGUUAUAACGACAGCUUCGCCACGGAAUUUUGACCUGUGCAAGAAGCUGGGCGCGAGCGAGGUGUUUGACCACUCGAGUCCAGGCAUCGUGGGAGACUUGACGGCGGCGAUGCAGCAGUAUACUUGUCGAGGCGCUUUCGAUGCUGCUGCGAAGAGAGAUACGCAAUUGAACGUCGCGCAGGUCCUUGCCCAGCUCGGGGGAGGGAAGAUGACGGUGGUGCUGCCGCCCAUCGAGGAGCUCCCAGCGACUGUGCAAGCCAGCGGCAUCUACGCUGUAACUAUCCUCCAACAGGACAAGGCUCUUGGAAAGGCAAUAUACGGAGAAUUCCUGCCGCGGGCGCUCGAGCAGGGUACGAUCAAGCCGGCACCGUCGUCGGAUGUCGUCGGGCACGGUGUCGAGCAUAUUCAGGGCGCUGUCGAGAAGUUGCGGGCCGGGGUUUCGGGGUCGAAGGUGGUGGUGACACUCUGA